UUAAUGUUGGAGAAGACUGUCCUAUUUUUGAAGGGUUAUUUGAAUUCUGUUCUAUUUCUGCUGGUGGAUCAAUUGACGCCGCCAAUAAAUUGACCAGUGGUGAAUCAGACAUAGCGAUAAACUGGUCUGGAGGUCUUCAUCACGCUAAAAGGUUUGAAGCAUCUGGAUUCUGCUACGUGAAUGAUAUCGUGUUAGCUAUUUUAGAGCUUUUAAGAUUUUAUCAACGCGUCCUUUAUAUUGAUAUUGAUAUACAUCAUGGUGAUGGUGUAGAAGAAGCUUUUUACACCACUGACCGAGUUUUGACUUGUUCAUUCCACAAAUUUGGACAGUUUUUCCCUGGUACCGGUGAUGUCUCGGAUAUCGGUAUUGGUGCAGGGAAGCAUUAUGCAGUGAAUUUCCCAUUAAAGGAUGGCAUGGAUGACUGGAAUUAUCAAAAUGUUUUUCGCCCGGUAUACAAUUUUUUACAAGUAUCAAGUUUAGGAGUAGUACAGCAUAUAAUUGAGUGGUAUCGACCUGGUGCAAUAGUUUUGCAAUGUGGUGCUGACUCGCUCGCUGGUGAUCGAUUGGGCUGUUUCAAUCUUUCCAUGAAAGGACAUGCAGCUUGUGUCGACUUCGUAAAGGAUUUUAAUAUUCCGCUUUUGGUUGUAGGUGGGGGUGGAUACACAAUCCGUAACGUGGCCCGUGCUUGGACGUAUGAAACUGGUUUAUUACUUGGGGAACAGCUUAACGAAG